GUCUCUCGUUCGAUACAGAGAAAGUCAUCGCCAUGGGUUGCUACCAGGCCGUGGCCGACUACAAAGCGACUGCUGGUUCUCUUGGAAGGCACACAGAGCACCUGACAGUCCCUGACAUCCUCAUCUCCUCCAUCAACGCGGCUCCCCGGGCGCAAGGGCGCGAGGAGGAUGCAGAGGGUCAGAAUGCGGAUGGCAAUAACGCGGCCACGGCUGGAGAGAACCCGCGCUCUGCCUUCCACGAGAUGAUGAACAGAGCCCAUGUGGCCCGCAUUCAUGACUCCCUCAGCUUCGACUGCGGUCUGAAUUUCAUGACGGUGCUGAGUUGGAGAUUCAUGGAGUAUAUGCCGUUUCGACGGAUGGAUCUUCAGCCAGACGGCACGUGGAAACCAAUUCGGUGGCCACUACCAUGCGGCGAAGUCCGAGACAUUCCAGACAAUGUACGGGUACACGGCAGCGUGAUUCGUCGGAUGAGGGAGGACAAGAAUUACCGGCCUGGAAAUCUCAUCGUCGGCGGUGGCGGCAGAGGCUGUAGAGUCGCGCCAGAGUCCUAUGGUAUGGGAGACUGGGUGUGCGUGGAGAAUGAAGGAGAUCCUGUAACUGAGGUGUGGAAGAAACGUGGCCAGACAGGCUGAGCAAGUCUGGAGAUUGGGGAAGGUGGUAUUGAGGUUGAGUGUAAUCUGAUCAAAUCCGUUCUUGUUUCCCUGCGUACAUGAGCAGUCCUAAGAUACAGAUUAAUAUGCACAUAUGUUUUCGUGACGCAUUGACCGUCGCUCGAUGCAAAGUCAGAUGCUGGCCACUUCCAGAACCGGACGGGCUCUCUCGCUCUCCAGUCCCUUCCUCCUCGGAGCAAGACUACGAGAGUGGCUCAACUCGCGAAGGAGGGCGCACUGAUGUAGGUGAACAGGACCGCGUCCCGAGCAGAACAUUGUCUCUUUGCCUUGAAGACCCCCUGAUACGCCAUGUACGCUGGUUACGUGCAUUCGGUUGCGUCGUAGAGCCGGCCCCGUCUUGGGCUUCAUAUUUGCUUCGCUUCUUUCUAAUCAUUUCGUUCCAUAAUAAGUCUGCGUAAUCAUCUGCGUGGGUGGCGUGGAGGGCCUGGGGGCGGCGGAGGAUUUGUCGGCGUGCCGCGAAACUGGUUGCGGAGCUCCUGGAUGAAGUGCUUCAGGAAGCCAUUGCUGCUCGACUCGGGGAGAUCUGUCGCCUCGCCUGGCCGUAAUGGCUCGUGGGGAUCACGGCCGUACUUGCGAUCCUGAACUCUCCGGUGGAUCCGACGGACCACGUUGUGGAAGCCAGGGCUGCGUAGAAUCUGUGCAACUAUGUAGUUCUCGCAGACUAGAAGGACUCUGAUGGCCGAGUUGACCCAGAAUGCCAUCGUGGGCAAGAGAUGCUAUAGUAGCAGGCUCAUGAGUUCUGAU